GACACAGCGUGGACCGCCAGCAUGCCGCCACGCUGGACACCCGCGGCUGCCACUCUGCUCCCGCUGCUGCCGCUGCUGCUGUUCGGUGCCGCGUCCGCAGCAGACGUUUACGGCCGCGAGUUCGAUGACUAUUUCAAGGACUGCCACCGAAGAAGCCCAGACUUCGAUUCCUGUGUUCUCAAAGGCCUCAACGAUGUACGCCAUUUCUUCCCAACAGGAAUUCCCGAGUACGGAGUGCUGCCCUUCGACCCGUUCUUCGCCAAAGAGGUAGUGCAGAAGCGCGGCGGUCCCGGGGCCAGCUAUAAGCUGCGGCUCAGGAAUGUCUACGAACGGGGCUGGACGCGCUCCAACGUCACCAAGUUCAGGAGCGACCUGGACAACAACCGCAUCGUCUAUUCGCAGUUCUUCCCGGAGAAGAGCCUGGACGGCGAGUACGAGAUAGAUGGCGACGUUCUGCAGUACCCCAUGACCAACAAGGGCAGCUGGAACAUGACACUCUACGACUACAGCCAGACGACGACCAUCACGCGGCGACCGACGGCGCGCGGCGGCCGGCUGUCGUUCUCGGGGCCUCUCAAAGUGCGCGUCCACGUGGAUCACAUCGGCAACAUGGACCUGCACGUCGGAAACCUGCUGCGCGGACGCUCCGUCAUGGAGCGCAUGCUGGACCGCAUGAUCAACACCAUGUGGCGCGUCGGCCUGGGAGCGGUGAAGCCGCUCGUCAACGAUCUGGUCAGCACGGCCUUCACAGAGAUCUUCAACAACGACUUCAAAGACUUCCCCUUCGAUAAGAUAUUCCCACCAUAA